AUGACUACACUUCUACCCUUUACACCGCCUAUAGUGAAGCGGUUGCUGGGCUGGAAGAGAAGUACGGACCAAAAUGACGAUGACAAAUGGGCCGAAAAGGCCGUCAAGAGUUUAGUGAAGAAGUUGAAGAAGACCGGAGGCCUCGAGGAGCUAGAAAGAGCGAUCACCCAGGGAAGUACAAACCCGGGAAUACCUACAAAAUGUGUGACAAUCCCUCGCAGCUUGGACGGCCGUUUGCAAGUUUCGCACCGCAAAGGCCUUCCACAUGUGAUUUACUGUAGAUUAUGGCGUUGGCCAGACUUACAAAGCCAUCACGAGCUACGACCGAUCGAAUCUUGCGAUUAUGCUUUCAGCUUGAAGAAAGACGAAGUUUGUGUGAAUCCUUUCCACUAUCAGCGAGUCGAGACGCCAGGUAACUUAACCAAAAGUAUUCCUGUAACUUCUUUACGCAAAAAAGCCUUGCUAGUAAAGGAAGGGUUUGCUUUUGUGUUCGCUCGGCGUCCCAAUUAGUCGAUCUCGUUUUGUUUUGGUCUCGGCGCGUGUAACAUUAAUUUGUACACUGCUCGUGUGUUGGCAGAUCGUUGUCGGUGUCAAACCGUUUGUAUAUUUCACUUACGCUAAAGUUAUACUUUGUCUAUAUCGAAAUAGCUGGGAUGACAAGCGAACAUAAUCGCCGACAACGUUGUAAUGCCUAAGUUGUGAAGAGAAAUAAGCUUACAUAUUUCUUGUAGCUCUCUUGCUCUGCUCACAUGUGUUUGAUAAUUACCAAACCUUGGUGGAACGAAUAUUUUACGUACUAUAAUGGAAACACAAUCCUUUUGAGGUUAAGUUUCUACUCGAAUCAUCUUUCGUUUCAUUUCUAUGAAUUUAGUAAAAGUGUUCUCAUUUUUUUUUAUUUCAUUAACCAAACGUGUGCAAGAACCUGCAAAGGAUUUCCGAAAGAGAUCGUGUACCAUUCCGGAAUAUUUUCCAAAUGGAAUUUCGUUGUACAGGCGUAUAUUUUUUGACCUUCGAUAUUCAGUUGUUGCUUAGUAGAUCUAGGAUUUGAUCCGAUCUGAUCAGUCGAAAUUUCCAUUUCAAAACAGAUGCUUAGAUUUUUGACGUCGUAACUCUUACAUUAACCUGUAUGUUUUCUACAAAUCACGAGAAGAGUUUUUAGGCGUAGUUUUGCUAGUGCUUUUCUGAUCGCCACUUUUCUUAAAGUAGCAAAGAAGUUGUAAAGAAAACAAAAAAUGACUGUUUCAUAUUUUACGAAAGCAAGUUAGAUGUAUUCGUUGGAUCAUAAAUAACAUGAUUUUGAAUUCAUACAUUGUUUUAAUCGUCUUUGCCUUCGACUCACUCCCGACUUAUUUCGAUCCGUAUUAAAGUUUUUAUACGUUGUAGGAUGGUGCUUGUCAUCUUUUGUUUCCUUCAGUUGUAUGCAGAUUUAGUAAAUUGUGUAUUUGACAUUUGAGUUUGUGUGUUUAUGUUAGCGUGGGAUCACGCUAAGCGAACUUUCAAGUACUUUCAGCAACCGUUUGACGGGAUUCUUCAAUGACAUAUUGUUUCAGUAGAGUUUUAUAUUGAUUUAAAGGUCGUUGAAAAUUUUAUUAUAAGCUUGACUUGCCUGGUGAUGGAAGUAUUGCAAUGUGUUUGACCACGACCUCGGCGUGUUUUUUUGAUGUGCUCACUUCCAUGAGGUAUGUUAAUCCGCGGAAAGCAACACUUCGAAUACAGGGAUGUUUUCAGUUCAUGAAUUGCUUGGCAGAGAUCACAGUAUUGGCGUCUUUUGUUAUCUAAGUAUUUCUCUCUGAAAAUUGCUUUUUUGUCUUUUUGCGCGUUCCUUUAUUCAUGCCCACUACAUUUCAUCCUGUGCGCGCACAUGUAAAAUAGUUUAUUAUUUUAAACACCAAUCUAGCUAAUACCUAGCUUUUUUCGCAUGUAACAGUGAGAUUAUUUCUCGACAUGUACGUGUGUUGUCCUUGUGAAAACAAUAUAGGGGAAAUAAAAUACAAAAGAUUUUGGCUUAUAUCGAACUCCGGAAGGGAGUUUCCUUGCGUUCCAAAACAGGAGAUUUUUGUUAUCUGAUAUAAACAUUUUUGACCAAGUGCGGAUCACAUCAAUCAUAUUUGAUGUCUUUAUAGAGGAAAGGGAAAUUCUUCUUUAGAUCUUUCAGUGGUAGUUAAGUUUGUAUACGCCACUUACUUUAACUAAUUUAUUUUUUUCGAUCAAAACUGUAGCCACAUUUGAAUUUUAAUUGUUGGUUUUUAUAUUGACAGGAAGUCUAUUUAAAGCCUUAGGAUUAAUGCCGUAAUUACAGAAUUCAAUAUUUUUGUUUUCAUUUGAGCCUACUCAGUAUAUCUGUAAAAGACAUUUUACUCUCAAACUCUGUUUCCAGUUGUAUAUUCUGGAAAACGUCACAUUCACUAACUCUGUAGGAUCCAUCCUUAUUUUAGUUGAAUGCAAGCAUAUCAUAAUUUAUGAUCUCUGAGUGUAUUUCCUCUUUGUUUCUCUGUUCUAUCUCUACUGGUGUUUUUGUUUUUACUUCUAAAGCUCUGUGUCUUGUUUCUGUUCGUUUGAUGGGAAGAAUGAAAUGUUGAUUCUUUGCUUUAGACAGGUCAUGAGUUGGUGUAUGUUUUGUUUUUGUCUGUUGCCAGUAAUAAGCUGAAAAAAGCAACCAUUUCCUAGAUUUACGGGUAGUGUCAAUUGGGAGGGGCCUGUCCACUGGUGUCAAAAAUUUUGGAACAGUCAUAUAGUCGUCAACAAGAAAAAGGAGUUCCUAGAAUUGAUAUGCAAUGUUCAGGUUUGUCAUGUUCAAAGUUAUAAAAUGACAAUGCCAUUAUCAUCUAUUUAAAAGUGGAUUGGACGAUUUUUGAAAAUUUAACUAUGGUGGUUUUUUACACCUUGAAAUCCACUUUUCCUGUGUAAGGUGUUGAGAGAGGUUUUUUUUUUCGAUUUACACAUUCUCAAAGCACUUAUUCUGAUUAUCACAUUAGUAAAAUAACAGUUGCAGCCCUGUUGAAGUGGUUUUGCAAUUUUUUGUCACUGCACUACAAUGUGUUAUUGCAGUAGUUUAACUUGUGGUCUAAAAUGUUUUUUUUUUUUCACAUGUUCUCUGUCAUUUGACAUUCAGAGUUAUUUUUUUCCCCAAACUGUGGCAGAGAGGCCAAAUGUGGUGUGAUAUGAUUUCUGCUUUGUACAAGUGUAAGACCAAAAAAUGUUGUUUAAUUAUAAAGCUGUGUUUUAGGGUUCAGUUCAAUAUCUCAUUUAGGUGUUGUAAGGUCAAACCUACUAAAAGUAAAGUAAAAUGUAGUUAAAAAUACCGUAAAUCCUCUAUUAAUUAAGUGCUCCCUAUAAUGAGCCCCCCCUUUUUAGGGGAAGAAAUGCUGAUUUGCUAAUGCUUGCCAACAGUAGGAUGGCAGUCUAUCAGUACCGUAAAUGCUCGAAUUAGCACCUGGGGUGCUUAUUUAAUUUUCUAAGGCGAGAGGGGGGCACUAAUUCGAAGGGGGGCGCUUAUUUCGUUUAUCAAUUUUUAACCUCAAAAUGAGACUAUCUGUAUUUCUAUUUGAAACCAAACUGCAACAUAAAAAUUCAAAAACCUUAUAGAAAACUACUUUUUGCAAACUCGAAACGUUCUUAAGACUUUUUCAUUAACAAUGUCACAUUUCAUUAAAAGAACCGUAUAGACCGUAUACGUCUCGUGUAUCGUACCGAGUGCCGAAACUCAUUUUUUCUCGUGGGAGAAGGGGAGGCGCUUAUUUGAAGGGGGCGCUUAUUACAAAUUUUGCGCCUUAGGAGGGGCACUAAUUCAAAGCGGGGUGCUUAUUUGAAGCUGGGCGCUAAUUCGAGCAUUUAUGGUAUUUUCAAAUUGUUUGGUACUGCGUGGUCUACAUAUGUUUCUGGCAUUCGUCUCUAGGGAAAGAUAGCUGGAUGCUUACAUUGUAUUAAAUAAUAAUAAUAAUAAUAGCAAUAAUAACAACUGAGCUUAACUCUUAUUAAAUUCAUCUUGGUUAUUUGUACUCUUAAUUCAUGACCUAAGUGUCUGAAUGAUAAAGCAUAAGUAUAUUUAAAAAGUAAACUAGAGGAAAUUUGAUGUUGAUCCCUUUAAGAGAUUCUAAAAGAAGUUUAAAUUCAGGGCUUUAAGUUUUUAUUAAAGUAAGCCCAUGACAGACAUAGCCUGCAUAAACAUUUAUGUCUAGUGAACAUAUUGAUUGCAACACAAGUACUCUACAUGCAUGUAGAGCAGUUGGUGAAUAAACAGUUAGUUUAAAGAAGCUGUGGUUCUGUGUCAGUACAGGAGUGAAUUGUUUCUCUCUGAUGAAGGUUUUAAAUGCCCAAAGCAUCAACCUUUGAAUCACUUUGUCACCACUUUUGGUUAUGAACUUAACAGAUAAAAAAUGACUCUUUCUACCAAGCAGGUUUUGAUUUUUAAAUCUGUCCUGAAGUCUUAAAGUCUACAGUGGAGAUGUGAUGCUGUUGUGCCUAAGAAUUUAGCAGCAUUUCAUGUGCUUUAACAUGGUCCACACUGUACAUGUAUUUUAGAAGUAUUUAUUUUUAAAUUAAUAGUAUUUUAAGUCUUUUGGGUCCAUUCUAGAAGUGAAUGGGUUGCAAUGUAGGUUUCUGUACAAAAAUCAAAGGGGACACUUAAAUGCCAAAUAAAUGUAACAUAAGAAAGUUAAGUCAUUUAUCUCAACCAGUGGGUAUUAAGUGAUAUUUUUAGGACAGUUAAGUACCCAAAUGAGCCUAUUUAAUCUUAUUUAAGACUAACUGCUUAUUUUCUUAGCUGUAAAUGAUGUUAUUGCUAAGUUUUUCUCCAUACUAAGAUGCGAAUAGAUGUUUACUACUGCGAAAGGUCACUUCUGAGGAGACCUUCAACUUGUAUUAUUUUUAGAUGAUGUCUGAAAUAUAGAAAGUUAUAUUGAAAUCCAAUUAGUUAAUUGUUUACGUUUAUGUACAGGAGAUUUCCUUACGUACAUUCAGGAAAACACAAAUGUAUACAGACUACAGGUUAUCUCAAGUUAGAGAUUGACUUUGUUGCCUUCUCUGGCACCCAGUCAGUCCUCAAAAUAGAUCCUCUUGGACUGCAGCCGUGAUAUUAGCUGACAGUCUGGAUGGUUCUUGUUUUGAGCCACCCAGAACUAGACUAAAUAGAUAUCAAACUAAUAUUUACUGGGUCGUUAAGGCAUCAUCACCUAAGGAAUGGCAAAAAAAAUUGAACCGUUUAUUUGAAUUAAAUCUUUGAAGCCCAUUCUCCUGAACUUUCCUUUAAAGACAUGAAAGGGUAACUACAGAAGUGUUUAAGUAAAUGCCUACGUGAUUAUGCUGAUUUGUGUUUAUGGGUAAUGGUUGCUUACAGUUGCUUUUAUAAUAGGCCUUUGUACCUUGUGCCCAGUACCUUGGCCUUUGAAUAGAAAGCGAGGCUGGAGGUACAUGUAACCUCAUUUUUAUCUCAAAGCUUCCUGUUUUUCACAUGUAAAUGAUCAUGAUCACAGGCCUUGUUAUCUUGAAAAUAACCUGAUUUGUUCAUGACAAGCUGCCAGGAGACAUGUUUGUAGCAAUCACCAUCGUCAUCGCUAAAGCUCCCAAAUAUCUCUUGCCCUGAUUUUUAAGCUCCUUUAGAAGUCCUCAUAAGCCCUGGCCAUACAUUCCGUACAUGUAAAUGUGAGAAUUGUAAAAUUAAAUUUUUUUUUUCAGUUCUUCCGCCAGUUCUUGUUCCACGAGUGCCAAUUGAUAGACCCAUAGAAAGACCAGCAUUACCAGACCACUUCAGACCAGACAACACUCCCUUUCCCAUUUCAGAACCAACCAAUUCUCCUUUCCAGCUGCCUGGUAGGUAAAAUCCUCCCUUUUGUGGUAAUUUUAUUUUAGUGGUACUCUUCUGUGUGCAAAGUGCACUCAGUGGAGCACCAAUGGUAAGAAAUAAUGGUUAUCGAUACAUCCUAUAACUUUUGGUUGUGACCUCUGUCCAUUUGUCCACCUUUUUAUGUUAGUGGAUGUGGAAUGUGCUCAGAGUCUAAGGCAUGUACAAUCCGUGUUUAACUUGCUGUACUCCACUUGCACAUCUCCCGUAAGGCACCUUUUUUGCCCCCUAAAAUUUUGCAUUCAUUUCUCCUGGGUAUUACAGCCACCCAAAGAGAAAUUGGAAACAAUGCUUAGGCAAAUGUUUUGGGGAGGGGGGGGGGUAAGUGGUGUAUUGGACUGUCGAAAAAAGUAUCUGCUGACCAGUGUCACAUGAGUGUAUCAUGGGCUUAGGUGUACAACUCAUUGAGUUGACUUUUUUUUUUUUUUAAGUUUUCCACUGACCAGUUUUUAGGUUUUUAAUUGAUCACAAGCUCAGGUCCAUUUUUCCGGAGGAAUUCAGUUUGCUUGCUUCAUUAGUACAUUGCUUUAAAUUGUGUACAUAAUUGAGGUUAAAAAAUUGUAAAAAUAAUAAAUACAUGUAAGGAGGACACUGGGAACACUUUUGUGGGACUACUAUUUCUUAGUGAUCAUCCAAAUGAAAGGAAAUACUGUUCAAAGAGGCCGUGUUGCAGCUGGCUAGUUCAUUUGUUUUUAAUGCAAAUUAGGUGUCGUUAUUCACUAUGGAACUUUAGAAAUUACUUGUAAAUGAAAAAAGCACAUUGCCUUUCUUAAAUUAUACCGUAAAAAACUGUACAUAAUUUUGAGGUUAAAAAUUGUAAAAAAACUAAUAAACAACUACAUGUGCUUUGAAACAUUUUUGGUGGAGGACACUAAGCAACUACAACAGGGAACAUUGAACACUUUUGAAUGAACUUUAGGGACUACUAUUUCUUUCGUGAACAACGAUCCAAAUUGUUCAAAAAUAGUUUUUGGAAACAAGGAAUUUCGUUUUCUAAUACUGUUCAAAGAGGCAGUUUUGUUACAGUCUUCACAAGUCCAGCAUUUGUUUAUUUGUUUUUAAUGGUUACAAAUUCUCCAGGUCCAUUUUCAUUUCAACUUCACUAUGGAACUUUAGAAAUUAAAUUGAUUAAUGAAAAAAAGUUGAUUAACUUAUUUAAAAUGUCACUGCAAAUACACAACAUUAAAUUUCCUCAGGUUUAUUUGUGAACAUUUUGAUGCUUCAUCUUUUUACAAAAAGCGCAUUUUUUUUUUUUUUUUUCAAAACCAUGCUUUAAAUUAAACAUUAGAAUAAACAAGAAUCAACAAAAACGAUUUUGAAAAAAUGUUAGGCUAAAAAAUGACUAAUUGCAGUCCAUUUCAAUCUUCACCAAGUUUGUCCAUCUGUGCCACGUUUUGUAUAAUUUGCUGUGUUAUAUAUUCCUUCUAGCAAUGUUUUGAUGUAUUAUUUUUAUGUUUCACACAGUUAGGUCAGUAGUUCUGACUGUUUGCGUUUUGAUAAAUUUCUUGACACAGCUCCUCUAACUCAUUUUAUAUUGUUUUCAUGACCUGUCGGUUCUGAGAGUUAUCAAGUAAUUGGUAUAAUAUAUCACUCAAAGGUGUCUCAUAUUCUUUUUAUUUAUGUGAAGAUACUCCAAAUGGGGCAGGUGGAUACAUGUCUGAAGAUCAGUGCUCUGAACUGUCUGGAGAACAUCAGCAGAUGCAGACAGGUCAGCUAUUAGUUGUUAGUUUGAACCUCCAACCAUAUAUUAUUCUGUUAAGUAGGUACAUGUACUGGCAUUCAAGGUAGUUAUGAAGUAUGUGAGGGAGUGAAGCUUACACUAGGGACUUAAAGAUCCAAUGAUGCGACGGCAUUGAGAAUGUUGCUUAAAAAGUGAAUUACUGUUCUUAUUUUGUUCUUAUUGUCCUUGCAGAUGCUUGUCCUCUAUCUCCAGAUCCAUCGUUGGCAGGUAUGACUAUUGAAAUGAUUAAAAAGAGAAAACAAAUUAAAGAGGCAAAUAAAAAUAGGCCUGUUAAGUACCUCUUAACAACUACAUCGCUAAAAUGGAGAUUGGGUGCCUGGAGUAUCCAGGGGCCAAUAAAUCACAUGAUCGAUGUAGUGAGCUACUGGGCAUGCGCAUGCCAAAAGACCGCUGAGCUCAGGCACUUACAUGUAAGGUGGUCUUAGUUGUUGACUCCUUUAAAUUGCAUUUAAAUGCAUUUAUUGUGAUACCCGGUAGCUCAAAUUGUACAAACGACUCAGGCCACAGACGUGUAAGUUCUGUUGCUAUGUGUAUGUGAUUUUGAGUGCUGUUUGUUUGUGCUCUCUUUGUUAGAUGCUCAACCAGUUCAGUACACAGAACCUACUUACUGGUGCCAAAUUUCCUAUUACGAGAUGAAUACAAGAGUUGGUGAAAUUUUUAAUGCAGCCACGCCAAGUCUAACAGUUGAUGGCUUUACUGAUCCUUCAAGUGCGGACAGGUUUUGCCUUGGAUUGUUGUCAAACAUUAAUCGAAACCCUCAGGUUGAGUUGACACGGAAACACAUUGGAAAAGGUGUACGUCUUUAUUACAUUGGUGGGGAAGUCUUCGCAGAAUGUUUAAGUGACAGUAGUAUAUUCGUUCAAAGUCCCAACUGCAAUCAACGAUAUGGCUGGCAUCCUGCCACUGUUUGUAAGAUUCCUCCUGGUUGCAAUCUGAAGAUCUUUAAUAACCAAGAAUUUGCGCAGUUAUUAUCGCAAUCUGUCAAUCAAGGUUUUGAAGCAGUAUAUGCAUUAACUCGUAUGUGCACAAUCAGGAUGUCUUUUGUCAAAGGCUGGGGUGCGGAAUAUCGCAGACAAACUGUCACAAGCACGCCCUGUUGGAUUGAGCUCCACCUUAAUGGCCCUCUUCAGUGGUUAGAUAAAGUCUUAACUCAAAUGGGUUCCCCAUCUGCUCAUUGCUCAUCAAUGUCAUGAAGAAUAUUGUAGUCACAUAUAAUUGAUUAUCCAUGCUGUAUAUGGAAAAGUAAGUUAGACUAAUAGCUGAGUGCCUAUAAAUUUAAUGUUUUAAUACUAGGGUUAGAUUUUUAUUUUGGGUGAUCUAAUUAAUUUUGCCUCUAACUGCUGACUGUGCGGUAUGUUAGUAUUCAAUAGCUGAUGUACAGUUACAUUGUAAAGCUCUCCCAUCAUAUUCAUUCUGGGACAAAAGCUUAUGUUGUAGGUAUUAUAGAGUGGUGAUAGAACCUGUCAUUAAACAUAAUUAAAAUCAUGCAUUUAAUGAAACAGUCAACUCUCUUGACAGUGGUCCAGGAAAGAAUUCACAAAAAAAUCCCAUUUCUUUUGGUGAAAAUCUAAGAAAUAAAUACUAUAGCACUGUUUAAGAGUUCUGCCAAGAGGUUUCAUUUCAAAACUAACACUGUAAGAUUUUGUCUACAGAGCUUCAAAGUUUAGAGUGAUAAAUUAUGACAUUCUUAAGCAGUGAACGGCUUAAUUGGCACCUUUAUAAAAAUAAAAAUGUGAACUAGUUGCAAAGAUGGACAGUUAAAUUUCUGGUACCAAUUGUGUCUACCAGAGAGUUGAUUGUUAAAUAACAAAAUAAUUCAUUAAGAUACAAGAAGACUAAUCUUCUACAGGCUUCUUGCAAAGGCUGGACAGACUACAAUAAUUAUUUUUAUUACCAUCGGUUGCAUCUAAGCGUGUACACAUGAGGAAAAAACAUGACAUGUUUUGCCGCCAAACAUUCGAAGUUUGGAGUAGGCGGCUGUUGUCGACUUGAUUUGUUUUUGCUCAACAAAAUAUUCUUUGCAACAAUUUGUAGACAUUAAUAAUAAUUUCUGGAGGCAAGUGUGCUGUUUCUGAGCAAGAAAUAUGCCUGAAAGUUGAGAAAAAUGGAAUGUGAGCAGAAUGUGCUGAUCUAAAAAAUAUACACAAUUUACCUUUGGUGCGUCAGUUUCCUGUAACAGCUGUCAAACUUCAAAUGUUUGGCGGCAAAACACGUCAUGUCUGGGACCCUAAUAGGACAUUUUUUUAUCUCGUGUCCACGCUUUGAUGCAACCGAGAAGCUAUGAUGAGAAAAUGCCAUAUCCACUCGUAUGGUGCUCAUUUAAUUGUGGUAGUUUUUAACGUGGCAGUCAUUCAAGGGCAUUGCAUGUUGAUAUUACUGGAGCAGAACAACUGCAACAUGGAAAUGGAAGAAGGAUUAAUGUUACACAUAGUUUUGACGUCACAGGUCUGCUUCAUAACAAUAGUAUGUUAGCCACAGAAUCAGGUGGCUGAUGUGUUAGAUUUGUAGGCUGUCCUGUCAUGAGGUGUAUGUACAAUGUACCUUUACAGUCAUCAAAGGGUCGGGUACUACAAUGAAAAUAGGUAUUAGUCUGGCUUAGUUAACAACAUAUAGAAAGCUAGUCUCUGUAAUUCCAUAAUAAUAGUGUUAGUAGGCUAAUUGGGGGAAUCAUGGCAAGAAACGUCUUUUUGUGCGAAACAAGUGAGUAAAGUGAAGGAUUAAGCUGCUCAUUUAAAACGUCCGCAAAAGAUUGUUGGUUUCCUCUACAGAAACGAAUUUUAAUUAGAUUGUCAAUUAAGGGUCAGUUUAUAUGAAUAACCGGGCUGGCCCGCUUUACUAGGCUGGCUCAGCUCAUACCCGGUUAACCAGGCUGGCUCAUCUCAUAUAAACAGGCCUUAACACUGACAACUCCACUGAUUAUCAACAGGUCCAUAGAGAUCUGUAAUAGGAGUUUUUCCGGCUCUGUUCUAGCCUGCGUAGCUGACGGGAUUGUUAUUUAACGCGAGCAAAGUUUUGGCAUAGGAACUGCGAAGCCGCCCAGAGAUUGGAUGGAGACGCUUUGAAUUUUCUCGCGCCUUCGCCGCCAAAAACUCUCACACGCGCAAAAACAAUUCCGCCAGCUACGCAGGCUAGCUCUGUUCACACUACACGCUUGCGCAUUUUAAGUGUAGUUUGAGUAUGGUAUUGCCCAAUAAAUUAAUCGAAUUGUAUUGCCCAGGUUAUACACCAAUACAUUUUAAAGGUAGUGCGACUUUCGAAUUGUAAUUAUAAUUUUAAAGUGAUUUUAGUACAUUAGAGUCAGAUUGUAAAUAGGAACACAACGAAGUUAAUGUAGUGUAAUUGCGAAGAGUAACGCUCCGAGCUCGUCUCAGUAGGUAUAUUCACCGUUUUUAUUUCUUGCUUCUAAUACAGAUUUUAUUUUAUUGUGUACAGUAUUUCGAGAUAAUUUGGCUAUCGAAUGUACGUUACACCGACCUAAUAGCAUUAAAUGUUGGUCGCCGGAUAUUUUAACUUUCUAUUAAGAGGUGUGAUCUUUCUGAAGUUGGAGCCCCUGCCAUUGCUAUUAGGGACCUUCAAUUAAGCUUCGGUAAAACGGUCAACAAAAACGUGCAGCUUGUUUUGCAAAAUUGCUGCAGAAUGAGUUGAAAAGCGUUGUUGCGCGUUUCACCCACGUUCAAACCUGUUAACAACGUGUUGUAUUACAAGACAGGCUUGAUGUGGGUGGUUAAACGCGCAACAUCGCUGUUCAAUUCGUUUUGCAGCAAUGUUGCAAGACAAGUUGCAUGCUUUUUGCUACCCGUUUUUCCGUACCCUUAGCUACAACGACGGUGACGCAAAUUUCCCUUCUUAAAUGUUUGACCUGUUAUUGAGAGUGUUUCUAUUCAAAAGGAAGAAGAUCACAACCCAGGGUCGAACCUGGACCUCGACCCCGGGCCCCGGGGGGUGGACUCCGCAUACGAAAGGGGUGGGGAUGCUCGUCGGAAAUUUUGAAUUAAAUCCCUAAAGGAGAUCAAUCUGGGCGUGACCGCACCUUUUUUUGACCCCUAAAAGCGAUCAUUUUAAACGUUGAUUACAUGAAUCGAGUGAAUAAAACGAAUUGAAAAUAUAUAAUUUAUUAAUAUUUCUUCGAGUGCAACCCUAAAAGAGAC